UCUUGCCAUCAUAACAGUUAACAGGUUAUAAAUCCGUCUUAGGUAGACCUAUAUACGUCUUUGAUAAUACGUACAUGUAACAUACAUGUAAUCAAACCAAUAGUGUUCCGUUCUGUUCUGUUCCAAGCCUUGUCCCAGUCAAUUAUAGAAACAGGACCGAUUUCCUCUCUCUGACAGAUCUUGCCCCAGCUCGGGGAGGGAUUUGGAUGGAUCAUCAGCUCGCCUGAGGAAGAAAACCUGUAGGCCGAUCUCAUCGGAGCCAAACGCUUCCACAGGACUUUGUUCGUUGACGAGGACAGUCAGGAUUUAUCUGUUGCUGAAUCGAGAAAACCGCUCGGAUCGGUUUGAGGUUUACUCGAAGAACGAUAUCAGUCAAAUUUCUCUGAUACAACAGUCGCAACAACAAUGGGAAGUAAUUCAUCGACAGUCUUCGCGAAAGAGGAUUUUGUGAUUCCGCGGAAACGCAAUGGGAUCUGCGGCCAGCGGACCCGCCGAGACGCCUUAAAGUACCAGUAUGCACUGUUUCAGACGACCAUGUUGACUCGGCGCUUCAAUGACGGCAUCCACCCGCACGAAAUAGGUGACAAAUUUUACAAUGACUACCGGAAAACACUGAAGAUGGUCCAAGAGAAACUCAAAUUCAACGAGCUGCAAUUCAGGGACUUCUCAACAGACAGUGAGCUGGAUUAUAAAACUAAAACCGCCCUGAUUAAAUUGGCCUACUCCUAUAUAUUGACGGCUCCAAACUUUAAGGAUGAGUUAGAAGGUGUGACAAUAGAAGAAGCGACCGAAAUGGUUCCCACGGAGGUGUUCAAGUUUUACUACGAAGGUGUGUUAGACAUCAUCAUGAACGACAUGGAACGCAAGGAAUGCUGGGAAAUAAAAACUGCCAUAUCAAGCCGAUCGUUUAGAGCUUAUCUGAAAGAUAUGGACCCAAUGGGUUGGAGCCUUCUACAGAUACAGUACCCGAAUCUUCGUGAUGCCAUGCAGCAAUCAGACAAGAACAGAGAUGCAUCCAAAUAUAGAACGGCGCAAAAUACUUUCGGAGCGCAGAAGCAAUUCAAAGUAGCGCGCUCGAUUGAGCAGACCGAACAUUACGACCCAGAGGAGGCGAAAAGAGCGGAGAUCUUCCGGCGAUCACAGCCGGUAAUCAGGACCCAGAUUCAGGAACUACUUGAAUGCUAUCUUCCAUAUUUGGAUGAAAAUAUUGCUGAAGUGAUUGUGGAUUAUAUGGAGAGGAGGCAAAUGUCUCAGGGAGAGGCAGAGAAUCUUGUCAAGACGAUUGUAGAGCGCUGCACCAGGCCUGGAACGAACAGUGCAGUAGACAUCACAAUGGACAGCGUGCUUGUUAUCCUGGACUGGUGAAGAAAAAGUCGCAGAGUUUUUUAACAGUAGAUCUUUCUCAUACCACACAUGACCCAAUAGUGGAGUUUUCUUGCGGAAGGCUUGGAGGAGUAAGGAAGUCUUAUAGAAGGAAUGUGCACUUGGGAAGCACAACCUCUCUAAAACUUCCUGGGGAGGAGUAACUUUCCAGUUCAGUUCUAUUGUACCAUACAUGAAUAUAGUA